UCUAUUUGUUUUAUUGGGGCUGCGGUUAGUGGUCAGCACAUUUUUGCUGAGUAGUGAGAGGCAGAACAGCAAAUAUGGGACCAAACGGCUUCCCACAGAGUUAUACGCUCAGCUAAUGGAGAAGGAGGGAAGUAGGAGGGCUGAAUAAUGGGCGAUGUUCUAGGAGGGCAAAAAUAAGAAAGUGAAGGAUGAUCAUAACCAUAUGGAGGCUGCUUUUUUGCUGAAAGGGAAGGACUGAGCAAGAGAGGAAGGGAAGUUUAGGGAGGGUGACAUAAGGAGAAGGAAUGGUGAAAGAAAGUAAAUAUGCCUGCCAGAAGAUGAAAAGAUUAAAAAACAAAGGAAGAAACUGAGGAUUAGCCAGGCAGCCCACCUGUGUGGAAAGCUGUGUUUUUCUGUUUGGAAUUUGAGUAAAGAGACAGAGGCAGGGGGUGAGAGAGGAAGAAGACUGGAGGAUAGGGACAGAGAGAGAGAGAAAAAGGAAGUAGUCUGCUGUUUCACACACUGGUGGUGAAGUAGAGCCCCUUGCAAGAAUUCUCCUGGCUAUGUCCGCCAUCUGGAAUGUCGAGUCACUUCCUCUGUCUGCCCUGUGCUCUAACGGGGUUGUCCUCUGCCUCUCUGCUCCCUCCCUCUGCUCUGACAGCGUUCUGAAGAACCGCUGGAGACCACGCCAGUACGGACGGGACUCUACUGACAAGACACACACGCGCCAGCACACGAACAUCCAGCAUGAAAGCGAGACCCCCGGAGUAGCCCACAUCCAAGCAGACACACUCUAAAUGGAAUCUGGGCCUGGAAGACGCAAAGACAACUGCAGUCAUCAGCUGAACUUUUUGGAGGGUGUUCCUAUUCCCUUAUAUGGCAACAGAGCUGGGAAAUCAUUUGAAUUAGUCUGGUUUCUGUUGCAUGCCUGUCUGGUUUUAGUGCUGACUGAGUUCCAUCUGGUAUGUUUCUGUCUCUGCUCCGUGCGUGUGUGAGUGUGUGGGCGCCGUGUGUGUGGCUCGAUUUGUUUGUUUUGCCAUUCUUGGUUCUUCUUUUCCUGUUGUUUGCAUGUGGGGUUUUUGUUUUGGGACAAGAGGAGGGCUUGUGUUUGUGGUUAAGCUAGAGGCACCGUCAUUGCCUCAGGGGUGGCUGCUUCAUUCAGACUGUGCAGCACCUCUCGCUAUUUUUCUUCUACCUCCUUUCCACUCCCUCCCUCACACUGCUGUGAUGGCCUGUGUUUGUUGGAGCAACACACCCACCUGGGUGCAGCAACUAGCAACCAAAAACUGAAACAGGGUCUGUCUAUACAAGGAUACUAACAGAAAGGUGGACUGGAACUUCUGUGGAGGAAAACUCACCUCAUAAUCAACUGGAUGUUUCUUUCUUUAUGCCUCUAAUGCAACAGGAUGUAUGACCCAGAAGGAAACAGCCGACACAGAGGAAGCGCUAGCUGAUAUAGACAAGGUGUGGGAUUGCCUGUUUGUCACUUUGAUUAUGAAGAAAAGGAUCAUGGGAAUGAUCUAAACACUCUGGCGCUGCCAACUUCAGUGACAGGCCGUCAGCAGGAUGCCGUUUGAACAAGUCUGACACAGAGAACUUGUGUUAAAUUUGUGUUAUGUCAAGUUCAUCACCUCAUGUGGAUUAUUUUUCUGAACAUAUCUCACUACAUUGAUUGCCAUGGCUACGGCAGCAUGGUAUCAUCGUGACAUCAGCCGUGUGCACGCGGAGGAUUUGCUGGCACGGGCGGGGAGGGAUGGCAGCUACCUAGUGAGAGACAGUGAGUCUGUGCCAGGAGCCUAUGCAUUGUGCCUGCUGUUCCAACGUCAUGUUCACACCUAUCGUAUUCUUCCCGAUGCAGACGGCCUUCUAGCAGUUCAGACAACACAAGGGGUGCAGGUAAACUGCUUCCGGACACUAGAGGACCUGGUGUUGGGGUACCAGCAUCCCCACAAAGGCCUGGUCACUCCUCUGCUCUACGCUGUGCCCCGUGAUACAGACUCUGGGGAUGAGAGCUCAGAUGAUGAGAAGCUGCCCCCAGUUCCAGCCUCUGUCAACACAGUUCCUGUCACAGGACCACCAGCAAAACCAGCCCCUCAUACCGUAUUCCUGGAUAAGUUGCAGGAGCUGAACACAUCCAGUACUGCGGGUGAGGUGAUUGGUCUACUCAAUGACUACCUCUUCAGUGAGCUGCCUCUUGACAUUGAGAAUGUGCAUAAAGGGGCAACAACUCUGUGUCACCUCAAACGUACUCUGGGUACUGCCUGCCAAGGUCUAAACAGUGAGAUUGACCUCACUCUCUCAAGUCUGGAGACCCUGGCCAAGGUCUUUGAUCAUCCGAGCUGCUCUUUAACGCACACCAAAGCACAGGGCCCAGACAUGGAGAUAGAUAGCCUGCUGUGUAAGAUUUCAGCUUUGGUCAGUCUUCUUUCUUCAUUGGAGAAGAAGGUAUUAAAAGCAUUACAAGAUGCGGUGACCAAUCAUAAUUUGGCAGUGCAGCAGAACCCACCCCCUCCUGAACAAACACCCACCAACGUAACACCUGUCAAGAACCAUGCCAGACAGCUGCCAGUCCACUCCUUUCAGGUGAAGAUGGUGAGAUAUGGCAGACAGACUGUCUCUGUAGAUGUGGACACAGGAGUGCUGCUCUUUGACAGGAAGGCUGGCUCCUUUGGUAUAGAGAGAGUCUCACAUGACAGAAUCCUUCAGAUUGUCAAGUUCCAGAGCAGUCCUGCCAAGGUACGCAUGGUGGUUGACAGCCACCACAACACCCCGCGGGAGAUGACGUUUGAAAGUGUGCGGAAACGUGAUGCCUUCUGCCAACUCUUCCAGCUGAUGAAAACCAGGCACUCUCAGCUGAGCGAACCUGACGUGGUCUCUGUGUUUGUUGGCACCUGGAAUAUGGGUGGUUCCCCUCCUCCUCGCAGCCUGCAGUCUUGGGUGACCUGCUGUGGUUUGGGACACACCCCUGAUGAGUCGACUGCUUUGCUCCCACAUGACAUCUAUGCCUUGGGAACUCAGGAAAACCCACAGGGAGAAAGAGAGUGGACAGAACAUAUCAAAGCAACCCUUCGCAGCUAUACUCACAUUGACUUUAAACAGGUGUCAGUACAGUCCCUCUGGAAUAUGAGGCUGGCUGUGUUUGUGAAGCCGGAGCACGAGAGCCGCAUCAGCCAUGUGAACACAGCCAGUGUGAGGACCGGCUUAGGGAACACAUUGGGAAACAAAGGGGCUGUUGGCGUUUCUUUCCUCUUCAAUGGAACAUCUUUUGGGUUUGUUAACUGUCACCUGACCUCUGGAAGUGAGAAAGUCCUAAGGAGAAACCAGAACUUUGUGGACAUCCUCAGACUGCUCUCUCUGGGUGAAAAACAGCUUGGUGCCUUUGACAUCAGCUUGCGCUUCACUCAUCUCUUCUGGUGUGGAGACCUAAACUACAGACUCGACUUGGAUGUACAGGACAUCCUGAAACAUGUGUCCAAGAGAGAGUUUGAGGAACUUAUGUGUGCAGACCAACUGACCCGGGAGAGACACAAGAGGAAGGCCUUUCUCAAUUUCAAGGAAGAGAAGAUUGCAUUUCCACCCACCUAUCGGUAUGAACGGGGCUCAAGGGACUGCUACUUAUGGCAAAAGUACAAGACUUCAGGGGUGCGAGUCAAUGUUCCAUCAUGGUGUGACCGGAUUCUGUGGAAGUCCUACCCAGAGACACACAUCGUCUGCACUGCAUAUGGUUGCACAGAUGACAUCUUCACAAGUGAUCACUCACCUGUUUUUGCCACGUUCCAAGUGGGGGUGACAUCACAGCUCAGCUCCAAAACAGAUCUAAAUUCAAGCAUGGAGCGGGCCUGGAUAGAGCUUGAAGGCAUCGAGGCCAUUGUGAAGACGGCAAGCAAGGCAAAGUUCUUCAUUGAAUUUCACUCGUCUUGCCUUGAAGAGACACGACGUUCAAGUGAGAAUGACUCACAGAGCUGUGAUGUUCCCGGGUUUCUCAAACUGGGCUGGUCCUUCAAACAGCUGCCGAAGCUUCUUCCAAUCAUGUCCGACAUGGAGUAUCUCCAGGAUCAGCACCUUCUGUUGUCUGUCAAGUCAUGUGAUGGGUUUGAGUCAUACGGUGAAUGCUGUGUGGCUCUGCACUCACUCACUGGUGCAUCAGAGCAGUUUGAGACAUUUUUGAGUCACCGUGGCGAGGAGAUGGGCUCCAUAAGAGGACGGGUCAGGAUCCAUGUGCCUAAAGACAGACGAGGAACGCGGGAGAAAAUCUAUGAGUUGUUUUGUUUUGAGAAAGAUCCUGGGAGGGGACACAUGACUCCUGCAUCUACACGGGUUCCAGUAAACAGGUCUUCAGCAGCAGCUCCUCCCAAACUAACUCCAAGCAGCUACACAAAUCCUGCCUACUUCAUCUUUGAAGGUGUGUCAGUGGCGCGCAGGGUGGAGGAGGCACUCCCCCAGCGAAAGGACCCACAGGUGAUCUGGUCUGGAAAUGAGGCCUUGCAGCUCCCAAAAAUCUCAGGACGUCAGGGUCAGGGCUUUGACAGAAGACCCUGUCGCAGAUCAGACUUUACAGAGAUUGAAAUUCCAGCCGUCCUGCCCCAGUACACUCCAACCAAUGACCUUCACACACCCCAAACCAACUCCUCCUAUCAGCUUUUCCCAGCCAAAAACCCAUCUCCCAUACCUCCACCAUCAAGUAAUGCCAUGUCACAGUACCAGGAACAGACUUCACAACCCAGAGACAAAUACCAAAGUAUAAAUAUUGUUCAAGACUCUAUACUGCCUGAGAAGAACCUGAGGAACUUGUAUAUGAAUCAUUCAGCAAUCAUAAGGGAAAAAGCCAAAAGGGAUCAACAUCAGCUUCUCCCAGAAAGGACCAAUCCCAUCAGGGCAGCCAAGGCACCAUCAGCUUUCCCCUACAUCCCCACUCACAUAGCACAUCGUCAGACCUCUGUUCCCUGGAUAGUGGAUCAGCAGCCCUCCGGACCUACAGGAGACAACUCCCUUACUGCUUUGCAAAUUGCAAAGUCACUCAGCGAGGUUGACUUCUUCCCCACAGAGCAGAGAGGCCCAUCCAUACCAAACCAGAGGCUUGGUUAUAGAAAUGGCCCUUGCAAGCAUGCAGAUAGAGGCUACAGCUGGGAGAAAGAGGUGUCUGUCCUCCAAGGCGCACCAGAAACUGUACGGGAACUUCUCAGUGCUCUGGGUCUUCAGAAAUACACCUUGGGACUCAGCCUCAAUGGCUGGGAUGAUCUGGAUUACUUCAGUGGAAUCACUGAGGAGGAUCUUCGUGCUGCAGGAGUGACGAAUCCUUCACAUCGCCGCAGGAUCCUCGAGAACCUGCCCAGGAACUGGAACUGACACAGAGAUGGCAAACCUCGCUGGUACGAAGACUCGUAGUCUUCUCAGUUAGAACUGGAAGCGUGUAAGAACUGAGAACUGAAAAGAGGACACGCUGAUCGGCUAUCAAUCACAUCAGCUGGACUCACCACAGCCCUGACAUCUUUUCAUUUACUCGAUCAAUACUCUUAACAAUAGUUUGUCUGUGUCAACACAGAAGGGAACAAAUGCAGGAAGCACUCGUUUCACUCCUGCUUUACUCCUGUGCUUUAUUCAUCUAUCCAUCUUGGCGGAUAAUAAAAGAGGUGGGUGAUAUGAAUGGAAAACCUGGAUGCGUAUCACCAUGUACUGACAUUUAAACAAAUAUUGAUUAUGGUCUCAUUGAUUUUUAUUUCAAAUGAAUUGUAAAUGACUAUAAAAGUAUAGUCCUUUCAUUUCCAGUGUUCACCCAAGGCUAGUGUUUACCAUUCACCUUCAUCCCUUCUACUGUAUGCUUUCCAAUACUCUGCUAUUAUUGAGCCUAGAUCUUGUAAAAGCCCUGUUUUAAACAAAUGGAGCAUAAAAAUCCAUAGCUGUACAUAUCUACUGGAACAUUGUCUGUAAAGUUGAUAUAGGAGGACUUACCAUCUCAUUUUGUUUACUGUCUCAUAGUUGCUCAUGUUGCUAUCGUGUCACUUAAUCAGUACCUGUGUCCACUGUGCAUGUUUUAUGCAGCCUUUAUAAAAGUAAAGUGCAUAAAGCGACUCUUGACUGUCACCAAGUGUU